UAUGUGGGGUUGCGUGAAAAUUAUUUUUCUCUUGCUGAACCACAAAGGCAUAAAAUCAAACUGCUUCUUUUGGACACCCUGGCUUCUUCUUUUUCUUGUGGACAUUAUGGCUAAUAACACAACAAGUUUAGGGAGCCCAUGGCCAGAAAACUUUUGGGAGGACCUUAUAAUGUCCUUCACCGUGUCCAUGGCGAUUGGGCUUGCCAUCGGAGGAUUUCUCUGGGCGCUGUUCGUUUUCCUGUCUCGAAGAAGAAGGGCCAGCGCGUCCAUCUCACACUGGAGUCCCACCAGGCGACCCAGGUCUUCCUACAACCACGGCCUCAACAGACCUGGAUUCUACCGCCACAGCGGCUAUGAACGUCGAAGCAACCUGAGUUUGGCUAGCCUCACUUUCCAGAGACAAGCUUCCCUGGAGAUGGCAAAUUCCUUCCCCCGGAAAGCAAGCUUCAGGGCUUCCACUUUCCACCCCUUCCUGCAGUGCCCAACACUUCCCGUGGAAACUGAGAGUCAGCUGAUGACCCUGCCUGCCUCCGCCACCCCAUCCACCCUCAGCACGGUGCACAGCGCGAGCCGGCCGGACUUCCGCUGGUCCAGCAGCAGCCUGAGGAUGGGCCUUUCCACACCGCCCCCACCGGCCUAUGAGUCCAUCAUCAAGGCAUUUCCCGAUUCCUGAGUCUGAGCUCUUGUUGUUUUUAAUCAUUUUAGAAAUGUCUCUUCUAGAAAGGAAAUGAUAUAUACGAUAAACAGAAUCUGUGGGCCAUGGUCCCCAAUGACUGAUUUCCUAGUUGAUAGGUUCAUGAAUGCUGGAUAUUACCAAGUAAGGCAAAGUUUCUUUUGAACAUGUUUUUCUUACUUAAAUCUCACAAAAAUAUUAUUCUCCCAAAAAGUUCUGUAUUUAUGUAUUUUGAAUUCAGUGUGAGGCAUUGAACUAAAGAUACUGACUAAAGAUUCAGACAUACAAAUUAUGCACAUUUGUAUGUUUUAGGUUAAGAAGACUUUAGACUUUUGUUUAGGGUUACAGUCUCCAUUCAGUUGCCCAUGUAAGUGCUGACAGGCAAAACCCACUAAAAUAAGGGAUUUUAAUGUUACUUUCUAGGUGAUGAUUGAGCCACCAGCGUCUAGAAUCUUAAGAACUUUUAUGUUGUGCAUUUACAAGAUGAUGGAACAGAGGACAUUCUAAAUUCCUCAGUUAUGUGUGAGAAUCAAGCAGAGAUGCUGAGCUCUGUUGACAUCAGAGGAUGGUUCAGUCUUGAUAUUUGUUUUUUUCCCAGAUAGGGUCAUUUUGUAGUUCUAUCCAUCUCGUUAAUGCAAAACAAUUGGAUGUAGUAAGAGGAUUUAACAUGACGGUCGUGGUAACGUACUCAACACAGCAGCAGCACCUCCCAUUCAGUUCUAAGCACAAGUUUUUAUUUCACAUAGAGUGACCUUUCUCUUGGAUUGGAUCUAACUAGAAAAGAAUUUUAUCUAGGAGAGUGGUUCUUAACCCGUGAGUUCAUGACUCCUUUGGGGGUCAAAAUACACUUUCACAACGGUCACCUAAGACUGUUGGAAAACACAGAUAUUUACAAUACAACUUACAAUAGUAGCAACAUUACAGUUACAAAGUAGCAAUGACAUAAUGUUAUGGUUGGGAGGUCACCACAACAAGAGGAACCGUAUUGAUGGGUUGCAGCGUCAGGAAGGUUGAGAACCACUGCUCUAGGGGAAUAUUUCCUGUUAACUGCAGUCAAAAAAGGGUGGUUCUGCCGAGACAGUCACAGUGAAAACAUGUUGCAACCCUGGACAGCAAUUCCUCCUGGGUUAUCUCUACCCACAGGCAACCAUUGUGUGGGUAAUGCUCUGUGAACCCCAGCCCCACAUUCUCCAAUGUCUUCCUAAGGUGAUUAAAGCAGGCUAAAAGGUCGCUGUUUCACGUAUUUGCCCAGGGUGUCUAUAGCAACAGGUGAAGACAUCUUUAAUGUGGGCACCAGAGACUUUGGCCCUUUUUCUUCAGGGAGACGAGUUCACCGGGGUAUUAUUUGGAAAUCUGGUAUUUCAUAUUUGACAUACUGAGUAUUUAGCUUGUGCAAUUGUUUAUUUUUCUGUGUAUUAGGGUUUUCAGUGAUACCCAGUGGUCCCAGCUAAUGGUGUCUGAAUGUAGCUCAAGAACAUGUCUUUGCAUAAAAGAUCCUGAUAGCUUUUCAUUAUUAGCUCUAUAGAAUUUGUGCUACCUAUUGUUCCUCAAGAGAAAUUAGUCUUCAAAAUGCCUGCCAAACAUACUUUGCAAUUAAAUAUGUAAGAGAAAAAGGAAGUAAAAUUAUAAGGCAAAAUAAGAAGCUGAGAGGAGAGCUGAUGUGUUGGCAGCUGAUUUUUUUUUUUUUUUUUUUUUUU